UAUUGUAAAGAUAGCGGCUUUCAAGCACCCGGGAAGAACGAAUCUCAAACCCGCACGGCAACAACAAUGACUCGUCGGCCAACAAUCUCACCGUACAGAUUCCUUCGCAGACGACGCGAUCUCUGUUGCGGCAUUCGAACAGUAUGUCCUCGAAUUCGCACUCCAACUCGAGCUCGACGCCUGCCUCGCCCCAUCUGCUCUCGAACAGCUCCAGCGGUCACCUGCAUCACACGCUGUCCAAUGGCAGCUCGCUACAUCACCAUCCCCAGUACCAGAGCCAGUCGUCAGUGAGUUCGCAAAGUUCGUCCAUCAUUUCGGCAGUUCCGCCACUGCAGCGGCUACUCGAGGAUCACCUCAGUAAACCUGCUCCCUAUCAGAUGAUUGUGAUACCAAAUAGUGGCGGCUACUGGAUCGACGGUACCGAUCACGAUGCCGGCUACGAAGUGCCCUCACACACGACGUGGCGAGUGGGCAAGAUCGAAUCGGACGACACAGCCAAGUGCUACCGAAGGUUUUUCAUUUCUCGGGAACAUUCGAAUCUCGUUGGACACGACGACCAAAUGGGACCGGUCCUGCUAUCCAUCAAGUCCGAAAACGUGGCCAAUCAGGAACACAUUCGGAUAUUGCUUCGUCUACGAACCGGAACCAUGCACGAAAUCAUCCCAGCUUCCUGUCUCGGAUCCAAUCCAUCCCCAAUCAAAAUGGCUCGUCUACUGAAUGAGCAGAUCAAUGUCGACAACUUCAUGCCCGUACUAUGUCCCAAGGCAUCCUCGUUGAUCGCCAGUUACGACGAGCACGUGUUAGUCACCAAUUUCAAAUUCGGUGUUUUAUACCAAAGGUACGGCCAAACGACGGAAGAAGAGCUGUUCUGCAAUAGCGAUACGACCCCAGCGCUCGAAGAGUUCCUAGAUCUUCUCGGUCAACGAAUACGUCUGCGAGAUCACAAAGGCUAUCGAGGUGGCCUGGAUAUCCAGAACGGACACACUGGUGACACCGCCGUCUACGAAGUAUUCAAAGAGCGGGAAAUUAUGUUCCACGUGUCAACCCUUUUACCCUACACCGAAGGUGAUCCGCAGCAGCUACAACGGAAACGGCACAUUGGUAACGACAUAGUCGCCAUUGUGUUCCAAGAAGAAAACACCCCCUUCUCACCGGCAAUGAUCGCUAGCCACUUCCUGCACGCGUUCAUCGUCGUACAACCAAUCGAACCCAAUACACCCAACUGUCGGUACAAAAUUUCGGUAACUGCCCGAGAUGAUGUGCCGUUCUUCGGACCAACCCUGCCACAACCAUCAGUAUUCAAGAAGGGACCUGAACUGAAAGAAUUUCUCCUCACUAAACUUAUCAAUGCCGAAAAUGCGUGCUACAAGGCCGACAAAUUUGCCCAACUCGAACUACGAACACGAACCUCCCUGCUGCAGAAUCUGGUCGACGAACUGAAGGAAAAGACGCGAGACUUUUUGGGAGCCGAUCUGCUUGGCGCCCCAACAUCACCCACACCGGAAACACCUAAAUCCGAAGGCGGUUUCACCGGAUCUCGCUUUAUCGACACCGUCAAGAAAGCGCUGAACGCCCGCCUCCGAUCACAGAACUCCGAUCCCACCAACAACGGGGGCGACAGCGGAACCAAUACCAAGCAUCACAACUCCAUGAAAAAGUCAAAGGACGUGUCCGACGUUCCCUGUGGACCGGGACAAACUGUAAAUAUCGGUCGAUCGCUGUCCAAGAGCAGUACUACGGGUUCCCGUAAAUCGCCCAACGAUUCGGUGGCCUCGUCGCCGGACAUCACAUCCCGCUGUUCGCUGAAUCCAAACAGCAUGAACAACAACAAUAUGGCCGGCGCCAACCACAACAACAAUAACAACCACCAUUCUGGUCACGGCCAUGGUCACGGCGUCGGCCAGAAGGGAAACAGUGGUGGCAGUAACAACAAUAACAACAACAACGGUCCAGUGGCGAUGUCCGAAACCAGCGACGACUCCAGCCUGAACAGCGUCGAUCUCGAUCCGAUGGUUUUUCCUAAUGUAGAUGCUGGAGCGACCUAUAUCGACAGCGACACCGGACUGGAAUCGAUGUCCUCGGCCGAUGCCACCACCAAGGCCUGUUCGUUGUGUCUGGAUGGCGUGGUGGAUCGGGCGGAGCAGCGAUCGACAACGAGUGGUGCGGGUAGCGUGAUCAGUGUCAACAUCGGAACCGGAAGCAGUACCGGCGGUGAUAGCGGGCGGGAUCUGCGGAGUAGUACCGGUAGUUCGGGUACCACGGGCAGCAACAGCAACGGAACCGGAAGCAACGCCAUGGCCGCUGGAUUGCUGCUAACCCAGGAAAUGAUGCAACAGGCGGAAGGGUACAAGCAGGAAAUCACCCGGCUGAAGUGCGAUAAACUGGAUCUCCUCAGGCAGAAUGUGACCUGCCAGCGUGACAUCAAACGGUUGAGGGAACGCGAACUCUCACUCCAGGGGGAUCUGGCGGCGGCCGGUAAGGAAAUCCUACGGCUUCGGGACCUUCUGAAGGAAUACAUGCCAACGGCCAGUAGUGAACCACUAUAAACGAGUCGCGAAGCGUAUUCAGCGUAUGCGUUGAGUGUGUCCAGCCCAGGAUGAUUUUUUUUUUGCCGGUUGUUACCAGAAUAGAACGUCGUCUCAGUAUCGUUUUUGUCUGUACUAAUACGAGCCAGUCUCGAAAAAUCCUAGCACUUUUAAGAACGAAGAACCACAACCCAACAGAGUAGUGGGUGGGUCGGUCAUCCGUGCGUUCCAUGGAAACCACAACUUUUUUUUUUCUUUAACCUUAGAAUGUUAUACUUUUACCAUGUACAUAAAGAGAGAAGUCUUUAUUCGAACUAUUAUUUAUUUAAACCUAAAACAAAAAACGAUAUAUAUAUUUUCGCUACUUUGGCAAUCUACCUUUUUUGCGAGGAGCAAAACAUCCUCCGAGCUUGUGUAUGAUAGUUGAAUAAGAUGCUAUUUUUAGUAUAUCAUUAUUUCCAAACCCAUCGAUUGUUUUUGCGCCUAUCCUCGUUUGUAUUUUUCUUAUUUGUUUCACCAAUCAGUUAGUGGUGCGGGAAAAUUCGUUACAGAUUUUCAUUUGAAAUAUUGAAAAUGUUUUUGUAAAGCACAACGCCUCUAGAAUCAGAAUAGAAUUACGUGUGCUAUGUAAAUGUAAAUAAAAGUUUUAAAACACCUAAUCAAUAAAUGUGACAGACAUCCUACGGGAUGGUUUUUGGGAACUCGUUUUGAAAUCGAAAAAAAAUACUGGAUAAAAUACUGUAGAUGUCAAUUAACCAUCCAUCGUAUGAGCUAUUUUUACGAACCCCCUUGAUAGAAAAGAAGUCCUUUCUAAAGAUGGACAAAGAACUGCAUAUUUGUAGAUGACGAAGAAGAGAAUCUAGUAUUUUAAAACAUCGGAACAACGAAUGUUGUCCAGUUUCCCUGUUCAUUUUAAUAAACGCUUAGAAGAUGUGGUUUAAAAAUUCCUUCGACUGUUGAAACUCGUAGAAAACCACAUUGAGAUGGGAAGAAAACUGUCUGUAUGUAUGAUUUGUUUUGCAAUGGAUUGCUAACCAAGAGAAAACCAAAAACUUAAGUUGAAAGUGUGGCAGAAUCAAACGAAUUAAAUGGACUACCCGCUUGUUAUUUCCUAGGUUUUAGAUGAAAUUAGUUUUAAAGCAACAAAAGCUGAUCAAUGUACACACCCAAAUAACUUUAAACGAAAUCAUACAGCAUAGUUGAAUCUUUAUGUGCAAUACACCAGUGCGUGAAAUGACAUUGAAAGAUAUGACAAACGAAAAUUUUGGAAUUGGAAACUAAAUAAAGCUCUUCCCAAAGGAAUCUUUCAGGCCUUACUCAAAAGAUAACGCUACUUAUUUCACCUUUUGUCAACACCACACUAUCCUUGUUUAGAUGAAAAUUUCAACAACAAAAAACUCAAAAACCACAUUAUGAAAAACUAAACUGUAUGUACGAAAAACUGCCUUCUACUGUUAAUUCUUUUUUAGAAAGAAUAUAUAGAGCUAUUUCCAAAAAAAUUAUAGACAAACGGUAAAAUUCAAAAUAUUUCAAGAAAAAUGGAAAUGUUUAUUUCCUUAAAAAGCACCACUGUCUCAAAUAAAAUUUAAAAAAAAAACGCAGGAGCUGAAAUAAAUUUUAAUGAAUUGAUACCAAAGUUAACAACAUUCCCAAGUCACAAACACACACAACAAGCACAGGCACGCGUCUAAUUAGACCGCUAAAUCUAAAAAAAAACUACGGAAGCAUACACAUUUUGAGCGUAACAAUUUAACGGAAAUUUUACAAAGUAAAUAGACCAAGCAACAGAAUUUUGCGCUCUUCAACACGCAACAACAGUCCUCUCUCGAAUUGGUGUCAAAAAAAUAAGACAAAGAACCGACCUAAAAUUGUAUCAGUAGCAACAGCCAUUGUGUCCAGUGUGUUUAAAUCUGCAAAAAACCAAAUAAAACAAGUAAGAAGAUCAUUAAUCUAUACCCACACAUAUACAUAUAUGAAGGAAUUAAACCAAAACCGAACUAAACGGAAAAGUGUGAAAAGGAAGAACCCUACGGGAACCAAUCUUGAGGCAACAAGCAACUAAAGCUUAGUUCUUUUAGAAAUGGGACAGUUUCGAAUGCCUGUAUCUCAAAAACCAUUCGUUUGAACGAAAUACUUUCUAUGAAGAAAAAGAAGGCAAUGUUAUGAUCUUUCAUGAAAAAAUUUGAAAAAAAAUAUUUACCGUUUUUUGUUAAAGAAAUUUCUACUUUAUUCUUGGUAUCUCCCAUUGGCCGGCGCACACUUUUUUCAGUCAUGGUAUUGAUCAGUUUCUCCAACUUAUACUUCUUAAAAUCUAUAUUUUAGGUGGCUUCACCUUCCUUCUUCAAUUUCUGAUACUUUUUGGUCCAAUACUUCCCUGGAAACUGGAAACUGGAAGCAUUCUAGUGGAUACAGUUGUUUCGAAAUGAACAAAUUUGAUUAUUUUUGACCACAUUUUUAAACGUUUUUUUUUUCGGUACCGGUUUUACAGCUUAAGAGCUUUGGAACUAUCAAAAAAUGGUUGUUUGAGGUUGGAUUUCAAUGAGUCAUCAUUAGGCAACACUUUCAGCUUAUCGGAGAAAAUUGUUUUGGACAUUUCAGCGAUCUACCCUUAGUUUUUCGUUUAUUGAAAAUUAAAAAUGCUGGUAUGAGACUUGCAUUCCUUGAUGAUCCUUAACCGUUGUUGCCGAUCAUCUGCUUCACUCCAAUGCUUGAUUUGAACUUUGUGGACAUUAUUGACAGUGUUUGCAUACUUAUCCACCACAAAAACUCAGUAAUUCUUUGAAUAAUCAACGGUUUUGUCAGCUAUCAAUUUGACAAUGACGUAUUUUCAAGGAAACUGUGCAAAAUUAUUUUUUUCUUUUUCUCUCGCAUCGUACAUAUCUCAAAAACGCGUAAAUUUUAAAUUUUGAAAAAAAUAGGUCGAAUAGUACUUUUUACAGGCAACAAAAUGCUGUUAAAAUUUUUAAUAUCCAAUAACUAGUUAACGAGCUAUUAGCAAAUGAAAGUGUCCCAUUUCUAAAAGAACUAAGCUUUAUCUGUUGAAACGGAACAACAAGAAUUCGUAAUCUUAUUUGGAUCAUUGGAAGAAAAUCAAACACAUAGAUAAUAUAUUUUAAAC